AACAAGUAUAUUUCUCUUAAAAAUCUUGGUUUAUAUGGAAUCUGAUGUACAUAAUAAAGUGAUGCUCUUUCCUUCUUCUGUUCCAGGUAAUAUUAUGAACCUAAUGUUUGUUUCCAAAAUAAGAUUUUUUGAGAGAAAGAAUUUAUGGACAAUUUCUGUUUUUAUAAGUAAUGUCAAUUCACUUUCUUUUAGAUAAAUAUGUGUACCUAACAUUUAGUACAAAACAUCUCUGGAGUGGACAGAGAACUGGAAAACUACACUAUUUUUACAGAUCUGAACUUUUUUGGAGGAUAAGCUAUGCUUCUCCUUUUAGAGUGUUACACAUAAGCAGCCGAUGCUAUAAAUGGACAAGAGGCAAAACAGAGUGGCAGAAGUACCUCUACUGCCAUUACUGUUUGGGUUACAGAAUUUCUAAAUUUAGCACUUCUAAGGAAUUGACCAAAAACAAUCACAUGUCACGAUGGAAGAAUACUUUAGAAUCUGUCUCCAAGGCUGUGUCUGACACUCACAGUGAACUAAUUUCACGGCUACUUCGUCUAAAACCUCAGUCUGCUAUACUGAAAAAAUCGGUUGAAGCUGAUGGGAAGGAUAAUAGCUUUUUUAUCAGCUCAGAAAAAUACGGAGAAGCCCCAGGUGAAAUCUAUCAGGAGGAUUAUGAUGAUAACUUUCAUGAGAAAAAGACUGUGUCUGCAGAUGGAGGCUUAGCGUCAGUUAAUACCAGUCAAAGUUCUUUGAAGGAUCCCUCAGAGAUCAAAAAUAGUCUUUUUCAUGUUAGCAAAUUUGCUACAAACUUUGGGGAAACAUACAACUUUAUAGCCCAUCAUAUCAACUGGUAUUUUAGCACUGUUGGAAUGGAUCAAGAGAAGAAAGGGAGUGUUCUCUCCCCUAACCAAUCCAAACAAGGUGAAGAAACAUUUAAUUCCUCAGAAGAUGACAUUUUAAGUGAUGAAAACAGGAUGAGUGCAGUAUCUGCUUUAGUGCCGACCUCGCGGUCAUCAAAUGCUGAAAAAGUCCCUUCUCCUCCAACUUCCAGUAAAAAGGGUAUUUCAAGUUUUCUUUCUUAUCCUAGUAACAGUGUACAGGCUUUUGUGGAUAGUUACAUUGGAGGCCUGGUACCGAAGUUACGAUCUGAUACAAAAUCUGCUGUGCAAGAAAAGACUAAAGAACAGAAACAAGAGGACAUGUUGAAAGAUGACAAGGAAGCUAAAAGUGAAGAAGAGAAGGAAAAAAGGCUGAAACUUCAAAGAGAAAAGAUUAUUGCAAAGGUUAGUGUAGAUAAUAGAACUCGGGCUUUAACUCAAGCAUUGCGAAGAUCGUCUACUAGAAGAGUCUGUAUCAACAGAGUUGAAGAACUGACAUACCAUCUGUUGGAAUUUCCAGAUAGUAGAGGCAUCGCCAUUAAGGAAAAUGUCAUUCCAUGCUUGCUGAAACUUAGGCAGACAAAAGAUGAAGCACUACAGGCUGCUGUGAGAGAGGCCUUGGCUGUGAUUGGCUAUACAGACCGAGUAAAAGGGUGGGGCAUUCGAAUUCUUUCCAUUGAUGGUGGAGGAACAAGGGGCUUAGUGGCACUUCAGACUCUUCGUAAAUUAGAAGAACUCACUGGAAAGCCCAUUCAUCAACUUUUUGACUACAUUUGUGGAGUGAGUACAGGUGCUAUAUUGGCAUUUAUGUUGGGAUUAUUCCAUAUACCUCUGGAUGAAUGUGAAGAACUUUACCGGAAAUUAGGAACAGAUGUCUUUAAGCAAAAUGUCAUUGUUGGAACAGUUAAAAUGGGAUGGAGCCAUGCAUUUUAUGACAGUGAAAUAUGGGAGAAAAUGCUUAAGGAACGAAUGGGAUCCGAUGUUAUGUUUGAAACAGCAAGAGAUCCUAGAUGUCCUAAGGUGGCUGCCAUAAGCACUAUUGUAAGCAGAGGAACACCACUGAAAGCCUUUGUAUUUAGAAAUUACAAUCAUUUCCCUGGAGUAAAGUCUCACUAUCUUGGGGGUUGCCAUUAUAAAUUGUGGCAAGCUAUCAGAGCAUCAUCUGCAGCGCCAGGUUAUUUUCAAGAAUAUGCACUGGGUAAUGACCUUCAUCAGGAUGGAGGGCUUCUUAUAAAUAAUCCUACAGCAUUAGCAGUGCAUGAAUGCAGAUGUCUUUGGCCAAAUGUCCCUCUUCAGUGUGUGGUGUCCCUAGGAACCGGUCGGUAUGAAAACAAUGGGAAAAUCAAUGUCACCUAUACAAGUUUAAAAGCUAAAUUGACUAAUGUCAUUAGCAGUGCUACAGAUACUGAAGAAGUUCAUAUUAUGUUGGAUGCCCUUUUACCUCCGGACACCUACUUUAGAUUUAAUCCGCUGAUGAAUGAAGAUAUUCCUCUUGAUGAAAAUCGUAAAGAAAAACUGAAUCAAUUGCGGACAGAUGGCAUCCAAUAUUUAGAAAGAAAUGAUGAAAAGUUGAAAAAAGCAGGCAAAAUAUUAUCACAGGAAAAAAAUAUUUUACAAAAACUGAGUAACUGGAUGAGAUUAAAAGCUGAUAUGUAUGAUGGCCUUCCAAUUCUGUCAAAAUUGUGAAUAUAUAAAAUGUUAUGCAUCAUAGGUGCAAACGUAUAUGAAAAGGGUUCAACAUUUGUUAGUCAUUAUGUAAUCAUUUUUUUAAUUCAAUGAGCAAACAAGCUAUAUAAAAUGCAUUUCAAUCUCAGUAGCUCCUCUGUAGCUUCUUUUAUUGGAUCUGAAGUACAAACAGAAGGAAGACCUUCCAGUUCUAUUUCUUGUCUCCCAGUCUGUCACCGUCACACUCAGUAUUUCUCAGAAUCCUUCAAUCCGAUAUUCAGCAGGACUUGAAUAUGCAGAUCAGUAAUUAUGACCACUGCCGAUCUUUUUUUUUCUACAAACAGAACACUUGUGAAAUUUGGGACUUUUUGAUUUCUUGAAAGUAUAUGAGUAUUAGUUUUCAGAAUCUCACAUUACUACCACUUAUAUUCAAGUGCGGGUAUAUUUUUACAAAUUUGAAGUCUAAAUUUGUGACAAUUAUGGUACAAAACUUUGAAUAUAUUGUGAA